CUCUAGUGGGCACGGGUAGUGACAACCAGCCGUGUAAUACGGGAUUACACAACAGAAGAGCUAUGCAGCGACAGAGUAAUUGCGCUCCAUUUUGUCCACCUAGUAAGUAUCUUCAAACCCAAUGGGAAAAGCAGCAAUACGAGAGACAUCGACGUAAGAUUAAGAAAGCCCGACCAGUUGUGGAUACAACAGCGCCGCCUGGACUUUACCACAUGAAUGAUAUGUUUAAGAAACUUCACUUAGAAAAAGAGAGGUCCAAUGAAAUCCAAAGAGAAAAUGAUAGACUUUUGAACAAAAUGAAAUGCAUAAUGAACAGCAAAGGAACGAUAGACUGUAGAAAUGAUUACGUAUCAAAAAGCUUGAAUUUACCUAGAAGACGUCAAGACUUAGUAAAAACAAUGGAAGAAAAUAAACUUUUAUGGCAAAAGAUCACACAACAAGCACCGUUGAGCAGUGCUAUACAGUGGGAGAGACUCAUGAAACCAGUUCCUCGGCCGUUAUCUGUCUGUUAUUCUAUUUCUCAAACGAAUUCGUUCAGAAGCCGACAUCGAACUGUAUCGAAGGGAAUUACGACCAAACAUCUGAAAAAUAGGAGCGCCAUCUCCCAACAAACAAACGAAUUAUUGGAGGGAUUUCAGUCUUUAACUUCCAGAAGAUCCAUUUCCAAAAAUCAGUCUUCCAAAUUAACAAGGUAUAAGGCAAAAAAACACUUCAAAACAUCGCGUAAGAACAUUACAUCCUUAUACUGGAACGAAGAUCAACAUGUUGUAGGUUUCAGUUCUCCUCCAACGGCUGUUCGAGGCGUCAAAAUUAGUUCUGAAUCACAACUGUCUGGUGACGAGGGUAACUAUACCCCGGAAACACUUCUUGAGAAACGACGUAGAAAAAGGUGGAACACGUCUAUUCAGGUUCAGCACCCAGAGGUUUUCUUACCUUCUAGGCCUGAAAAAGAUGAUGAUGGUGACACAGUUGAUACUUCAAGCUUCGAACAAUGCGCGCCAUCUGUAGAUUCAGAAGACAAGGCCUUCUAUGACGUAUCGACUACCUCCUAAACAGUGUUUUAUAUAACGUUCAAAAUAUCCUUUAAUAUAUCGAGUGUUUCAAACGUUAAGUAACUGUUAUAUAAAUAUAUUGUAAGUUGCAAUAACCUGUUGUAAUAACAUAUUAAGGUAAUAAAGCCAACGAAAACUGAAAAAAAAGGAGAGAGAAGAAGGCAGAACAAAUAACAUAAAUUUGCUGAAAUACUCUUCCAAACAUCUAUUUAGACAGUCAUCACGUGUUUUAACU